AAACAAAUAGAACAGAUUGAAAUUAAAAAUUUAAAAGAAAAAAAUUGAAUUAAAGUAGAAAAUGGGACGAAGGAAAUCAAAAAGAAAGCCACCACCAAAAAGAAAGGCAAUCAUGCCAUUGGACCAGCAGUUUAACUGCCCAUUUUGUAAUCAUGAAAGAAGUUGCGAAGUAAAAAUGGAUAAAUCGAGGAAUUCAGCAUUGAUUUCAUGCCGAGUAUGUUCUGAGAGAUUUCAAACAACAAUCAAUUUUCUAUCAGAACCAGUGGAUGUGUAUAAUGCAUGGAUUGAUGCCGCAGAAGACAUUAAUUAAAGGACAUUGUCGUUCGACUGAUUCUGAUAAAUUAAACAUCUUAAAUAUAGGUUUACUGAUAAAUUUACUAUGCGAAAAGUUUCCUUUAAAGUAUGAUAUAUUAAUGCAUAAUU